CUUGUGUUGGCGGUUCCGUUUGUCCAAACCGUGAAUAUAUCUGCUUACCGAUAUGUACAGAAAGUCAAUACAUUAACAAAACUUUUGUCGAACAUUGAAAAUAGCCACUCCAUUUAAUUCACCUCUACAUAAUCGUCAAAUAUAAAAUGGAGUUCUUGUUGAUCCCAUUCUGUAUCAAAUCAUUUCCAAUAUUUUCAAGAGAAAAAUAAUAACAAUGCCGGAAAAUGCCAAGCACGGCCCAAGACUCUCCUUUUCUCACGAUUUUUGCCACUCUGAUUCCAUACCAAUCGAGCAAACUCCUUCAGAACCUUCAAGCACCAAUUUCGAUUUCUCCAUUCCCGGUGGCGUAAUCGCCGAUGAAAGCUCAAGGUCCGCCGAAGAAUUCUUCUCCGACGGAAAAAUACUCCCCACAGAAAUCAAAAAGAUACCCGCCAAAGAUGGAACUGGUUUGUAUACGAAUCCAAUCGGGGAUACUAAACCGGUUCUAGAAAUCGGAUUAACGAGGAUGGCAGCGAAACCCAAUACGGUGUCAUUUCGUGUUCCUUCUGAACUGUGUUGCCCCAGACCGGAAACGAAUCCAACCAGAUAUAUUAAACCGGUUCAUGAAAUAGAAGAAAUCGAAGAUGAUGAAGAGAGACCCAAUGUGAAUCCGUGUUGGGGGAUUAAGAAAAAAAGCGAACGUCUCAAUUCCGAAAUUGGUUUGCCAUUACUUUCUGAUAACCCCACCGGUUCGAAUUCUAAACAGACAGAAACUAUGAAGCUUGAGGUUUCGUCUCCUUCUUCUUCAAACUGUAGUUCUCAGAAACAGCUAUUUAGGAAGAAGAGCUAUGGAGGUUACAGUUACAGCGGUAAUGGAGGAGGCAUUAAGGUGAAUUCGUUUCUGGAUGUGAUUCCGUCUGGGAGUUUGUUUGGGUUGGGAUCGAUCAUUGUCGGUAGUGGAAGUGCCAAGAACAAGAAGAGAUCAGUGUUUUUAAUUGGUAAGAAUGUUUUUUAACUUGGAUCUUUGUUUCUCAGUUUCUUUCUCUGGAGCUUUGAACUCCGCAGUUUUAUGACAUUUGGUCAAUUGGCUUUCGUGGUCCCAAGUGUUGAGUUUUAUUUUUAGAUUUUCUUAUCAAUGUGUAGUUAAAUGUUACAUGUAUUAUUUCUGUUAAUACACAUAUUGAAU